UCAAAACAAAUAUUUUAUCUUUGACAGAAAAUGGCUAAUAACUACUUACGUAUAUCAAACGUUGGAAUGAAAGACGCGGGAGUUUACCAGUGCGAGGCCGAAGACGAAAACGGUUGCUAUAGUUAUAAGGAAGGCAAACUUCAGGUGGUAGACGUAAAGUCUUUCCGUUCAUAUUGUGGAAUAUCCAUUCAUGAAGAGGCAAUGUUGAGUUCAAGAAUUUCAAAGGGAUCUGAAGCACCUCCAAAAAUGUACCCAUGGCAUGUUACAUUCAGAUCUACGGGAGAUGCGUCCAGAAAAAAGGUGUUUUGUGGUGCGGACAUUGAUUUCACAGAGUUUCGUUGUCACUGCUGCUGCAUUGCAUUGAGGGAUUCAGCAAGGUCUUUGGUGUUGAUUUUGAGGCAAAAUGUAGAACUUUUACUAGGUACCACAGAUUGUCUAGGAACUCAAAAUGAUGGGAUCAGAAGAACCUUACGAAGUUUUACUGUUCAUCCAAAUUACGAAGACAGAGGAGGUUAUGAUAAUGAUAUAGCACUGAUAGAAUUGGAUAGACUGGUUGAAUACACCGAUGAUAUACGUCCUAUAUGUGUUGAACCGGCGGAAUACAAUGACAGGGUGUUUCUAGAAAACAGUAGCUCCUUCGGUCGCGUGAUUGGGAAAGUCGCUGGCUGCGGUUCAACAAGAUCUAAUGGCAGAUCGAUGCCCCAGAGACUGAGGGAUGUAUAUAUUCCGUAUGUGGACAGAAUAACAUGUCUUGAAUCAAUGGGCAACGAACGCCAUAAACUCACUGACACAAUGUUUUGUGCUGGGAGUAAUAUUGCUAGAACUGGGGACAGUUGCGAAGGAGACAAUGGAGGCGGCUUAAUUAUGGCAACGAGCGCAAGAUGGGUUCUUACUGGAGUCGUUUCUUGGGGAAGGGGAUGUGAUGUGGAUAAACACUACGGUGUUUACACAAACGUUGGCAUGUUCUAUGAUUGGAUAGAGAGUGUUACAAAAUUUAACGAAGAGGAGGUGCCAAACUUUAUCAAUCUUAAUUGAACUUGAAUAGUGCACACAUGCUGAUAUAGGAUGAACUAGAAUAUUACUCAUUUACUAUUGACUAUUUACUAUUUUUAUAUUAAUAGGCGCAAUAUAUUACUAAUUAACGUGCAUGCUUUGCUUAAGAUGUUUAACUACGUGUAAACGUUAUUUUCUGUUUCACUAUGGAUGAAAUGAAUAAAAUAUGUUUCAUUA